UUGUACAUGUGCCGUGUAAAUUGCAGUGAAGUGCGGCGUGUGCUGGAAUGCCAUGGUAAAUAUAACUAUGAGGGUGACAAAAAAAGUGCGCUUAGUGACGUUAUUGCCAUUGCGCAGUGUCCACAUCUAUGCUCUCCAGUCGGAAUUGGGCUUUAAAGGGAUUUUUGCCACCGCGCUUCUUUUUUGUGCCCUAAAGUCAAAACAAAAUGGCGUAGUGCACACUAGCACUGUCCUCUGUUCUAACGUUUGUAAAGUGGUGGUGAAAUGUAAAAUGAAGGAAAUGUAACUGCGUCCGUACUACUUGCACUACGGUAGCAUCCAGGGUGUACACAUGAUGAUGCGCAGAAUGGGGAGGUAGUAGUCGGCUGCAGUCAGUUGUGUGUUGAGUUCUGUUCUGUUCUAAUUUUCAAUUUUGGGGUAAUAGGGGAGAAUGAAAGAGGUCUUCCAACAAAGCGGACGAAAUGAUGAACGGCGCUCUAUAUAUUUCGUUCUUCCAAGGUCAGCUUGAAUCCGCAUUGGAGCAUGUCGUGCAACUUGCGGUCCAGGAAAUAACCAAAACCGUGGGGUCGAGCUUGAAUUCUAUGUUGCAGGAAACGACUACCAAGGACCAAGAAAACCAACGACUAAGGUUAAGGCUUCAGUCACGGCAGUCUGACGGCGUUGGAAAUGCCUCCGUAUCCAGCGGCAGUAAAAUGGAAGGGAACGCGGCAAACGAUGGGACAAAGAACCUGAUACACACCCCCAGCCUAAGCUCUGAGCACGCUGUGCACACAAACACGCACUGGCUGGAAGAGAAAGGACGAGCACUGGGCCAGUUAAAACUCGUGAUGGAGCAGGUCCUGAAGUUCGCGCUCGCCGAGCUGACGAAGAUCGUGGAGGACAGCUUCGACGACCUCCUGCAGGAGCUCCUGAAGAAGGAGAAGGAGAACCAGAGCCUGAGCGUCCGGGUGCAGAGCGAGGAGGAGGAGCGGGGCAAAGAGGAGAACCACACGGGCUCCCCCUCGCGGGGCUCCCGGGAGCGACCGGAGAGACCGGCGGGCUCCCCGCUGUGCGGAGCCGAGGCCCUCCUGGGGAAGAAGGCGGCUGAAACGCCGAACGCGGCGGAGAAGCAGACCGUCCUCUCAGUGACCCAGGACUGGGUGCCCAUCCUGGACAAGGUGUUUGGGCAGAAGUGGUGCCGCGACCUGUGGCAGGUGAAGGAGAUGGGCAUGGCGGGGGGCGACCUGACGUCCAUCAUGGCGGCGGGGGCCUUCCCGGAGUGCAUCAUCCAGGACGAGGAGGAGCUGCCCCUCGCGCCCUCCGGCCUGGCGGAGGAGAACGGCGGCACGCCGCGGACGCCGCAGACGGGGGGGAGGCCGGCGGCCGCCUCCAGCGCUGCAGGGUCCCCCGGGUGCUCCUCCCCAGCGGCCGCAGAAGGUCAUCACCACGGAGACGACCUCCAGCUGCGCUCGCCGUCGAUGCUGCACAGACUGUUGACCCUGCCGGCGCAGGGCCUGGGGCAGAUGAUGUGUGGCGACUCCGGCAUGGACGUGCUCCCGUCGCCCGCCGCAGCCUCGCCGGCGCUGCCGGAGCCGCCGACGGAGCCCCGAUCGCCCCUCACGGACCCGAGCGGGCCGGGCCCCGGGGGCGAGGCGGCGGGGGAGGAGGCGGUGCGGGAGGAGGAGCCGGAGGAGGAGGAGGAGGACGAGGAGGGGGCGGCCGCCGCUGCUGCCCUGUCCCCCGCGGCGGGGGCCGAGCGGAGCAGCAGCCCCCCCCCGGGCAGGAAGACGCACCCGUGCCGGCGGUGUGGGAAGCGGUUCGGCCGGCUGCCCCUGCUGAAGGCGCACCAGCAGACGCACGCGGAGCCCACGCCCUCCCGCUGCUCCCUGUGCGGCAAGCGCUUCGCCCAGGCCUCGCGGCUGCAGGCGCACCUGCGGACUCACGCCGGGAAACACACCUGAGGGGACAGG